AUGGGAUGCUCACCUUCUAAAGGUAACUUCGGCGCUCACAGUUCUUUCACAAAGGGGAGAAUGCUGCCUUCUGCACCUCAGCAAAUUCUCAGAGAUGCCCAGUGUGAACAAAGGGGCAAACAGAACACAGCUGGAGCCACCAACGACGAAAACGCAGACAAGAAGAAGGCCGGACACACUCCCUUAGUGCAGAGUGACACUCAUUUGUUGCCACAAAAGAAGAAAUCUGAAGCAGAGAAAGUGGAUAAAUUGGCGAGUCAAGGGACGGACAACAAUUCAGUGUCACAAAGAAAAGAAAAACAUGAGGACAAACCAGACAUUGUAACAGAUAAAAAGUCUGGCAGAAAACUCAAGAAAAACACAAGAGGUAUAAAGAUGUUAAAAAAGAAAGACAAAGACAAACCUGCUGAACAGAAAGUAGAUUUCCCAGAACCUUUGGUAAAAGCUCAUCAAGCUGCCUAUGCCUUUAUGAAUCCUAGCAUAAGCAAAUAUGACACUCUCCUUGAACAUUUGGAGAAGGCAACACAAACCCAGGUUUUUGUGCAGCCUAUGGUUGCUUUCAUGGUGCUACGCUAUGAUAAAAUUAUUCAAGCACUCGAAGAAAUGGCAGACGAGGGAGAAAAUGUUUUCAAAGAAAUUGGAGAACAUCUCGCUUGGCCAAGCCAAAUGAAAAACGUGUUGUCUUCUUCAACCCUGAAGUCUGGUUCUGCUGAUACUGAACCCCCACCAGAUUUGUUACAGCAACUGCUUCAAUAUACUACACAGAGAAUGCAAAAUGUGAGCAAGACUGUGGGAGGAAUCGGGGACUCGGCCUUAGAGGAGACUGUUGAAUACUUUUCUUCCAUCUCAGAACUUUUAGAGGAGAAACUGAAAGUCAAACGUGUGGUUGAGUCCAGACUAAUGCGACUGUUAUCGCGAAUUGAAGCUGCAUCUUUGCACAAGACUGGACCAGAGGACUCGGCUCUCUUCAGUGAGGACAGCGGUAUCGGAGCUGAGAGUGAAUCCCUGGCCGGAUCAGAGAGAUGCCACAGACGAGAGAGCUGUGCCUCUUCUGGGACAAAUAGAACUACCCCCGUCAAUCAACUUGAACACAGCUCAGUGGCUAUAAGGCAACGAAUGUUAAGACAAAAGCUUGCAAGUAAAGUUAGCCCAAGUGUUAGCCUUACCUCACUCAACUCAACUGAUUCUACAUGCACCUUAAUGGCGAAGGAGCAAAACGACUCAUUGCUUGGGUCCGUCUCCUUAGAUGACGGUGAAGAAAAUGACAAUGAUGUUGAGACUGAUGGAAGCACAGAAAACAAGCAAGUAGAAUGUAGUAUAAAUUUACAUUCUUCACUUGUGUAUACUGAACAUCAACCGUGUCGCCUACCAACAAAGCGCAUAGAAAAUCCUCAAAAUGUAGAAAUGACUCUGAAAAUGAAAAAUGCUAUAAGUGGGAAGAUACAGUUUGUCUCGCAGCCGAAUGCCAGUGCCAAAUAUAAGUCAGGAGAAAGUGUAAAAGCCAGCAAACAUCAGUGGGCCGAAGAUUAUGGACAAACUCCAAGGAGACCUCAAACAGCAGCACCUGUUCAGAAGGCAGUAGGAGACAAGGUUCCAGUUGCUAAAAAGAAACGAUCUCGGUCUGCAGAUUCUCUGCGGAGCAGAGGUGAAGAUUCUACUCUGCUCGAGUUGGAAAGGACCCAGAAGGAUUUAAGCCAGAAGUUACAGAGAAUGAAUAAAAGUAAAGCAAGAGGAUGUACACAGACUGUUCCCUUGAAAAAAAGUCAAGGAAGCUCACCAGUGAAAUCCCAAGCAAAGAAAAAUGAAUCUCAGUCAAUCAAUGGUAAGGCAGGCUUUACAAGGCAGACCAACAGCAAGAAGGAGACAAGUGAGAUAGAAGAAGAUAAGAUGCAAAAAGACAAGAAAACGUUCAAAGGUCUGAUCAAAGCGACCCCACCCCCAAGUCCUCCUUUAUCACCACGGCCACCUUCGGACCUUUACAGAGGCAGGAAUUCAGUCAGAAAACUAAUCAAUACCUUCAGUCAGGGUAUAGAAGUGUUAGAUGAUGCAAAUGUUUUGGGACCUCUCAAAGGUGUACGAAAGUGUGGUGUCCCCGUGCUUCCUGGUUUAGGGAAUGUAGAAGCUGUUCUUAGCACAGGGAUAACUAGCUGUAGACCUGAAAACACUCCAUCUGAGAAAACCAAUGAUUUAGACAUGGAUAACCUUCCUCCACCUACACUCGAAGUAUUAAUGGACAAUUCCUUUGAAAGUUCUCCGGGUCUUUCUGCCAGCAUUGUAGAUGAUGGAGCUACUAAAGGAAGUAAGUCUCUUGCAAAGAGGCCUGUAAUAUCACAAAGACUGAGGGCUUCAGUUCAGUCAGUGACAGUGCUACCAAGCAAAGCAAGUAUGCCACAAGGUUCCAAGAUUAUGUCCACCAGAAAAGAUUGGGAAGACUCAUCUGCCAAGUCAAAAUUCAACCAACCAAAUGGCCAACAAGAGCCAGAGUCAGAAAAGGAAAAGGGUUCCUCUUUUUCCAAACAACCUGUAAAGAUGGAACACCAAGAAUCUCCAGACUCUCAGUCAGAAAGAGUGUCAACUCAAUAUGUAACUACAAAUCCAUCAACAAGUCAAGCAGAAUCUGUAGAUAUGCAGGAUGAUGAUGACCUUCUAAAACCCGGCUCUAAAACUACAGAGACUACACACUCUCCUUCAGUAUUCACUGGACAAUCACAUGCCAUUCUUCCCAUGUCCAAGACACGAAUGCUACCAAUCACACCUUCCACUCAAAGCAGCCUAAACAGAAAACUUCCUAGUCCCCAAAAACUUAGAAAGCAGCCCACGUCACCUUCUCCACCCCCAGUUAACAGGAAACUCCCCACGCCACAUGCACUUCAGAAGAGGUUACCCAGUCCACCUGUUACAAAGGAGAAGACUGUCAGCUCAAACACUACCCACUCAUGCCCUUUCAAAGCACCGUCUCCACCGGCCUCACCAAAAGUACAAAGAUCAUCAAGACGAAACAGCAGUGAAGACUCCUAUGCUACUCGAGUGAUCCGCAAUGCAUGUUCUGUCUUCUGUCCUGCAGUUUCAUCCAUCUUUCAUGCCCAGGUUUGUCCAGUUCCUCCACCACCUGAAGCAUGGACUUCUACUGGAGUUCCUUUUCUUCCACACGGUUUUAGAAAUAGUGGCAGAUUUCCUGUGUCCAUUCAUGGACCCAAAACUUUUAUCCAACGUAGUUACUCAGACCGACGACCAAGUCUAACUGUGCCACAGAGACCUCCUGGCAUUUCUGCAGUACACUCUUGUGGGAGUGAGCCAUCAAUAAGUACAAAGGGGCUGGAAGAUGAUCUGAAUGCACAUGAUGACAUAUGGAGUAAUCUCUCAGCCUUCAGAGCUACAUUACGCUCUGUAUCGCACCCAGACCUCUGUGUUGUUGGACAGUCCUUACACAAAGUCUGAAGGUGCCAGGUGGAUUAUGGAUUAACAGGCUUUGGCAAGGAUUUAAAAGGCAAAUUUGUUUACUCCAUUGGAAAGAAUUGUACCCACUUU